UUUAAUAUGUUCCGCUUUGUUGAGGAUGAAACUCCUUGAACACGAGUGGUUUUGAUGAUUUUCGGCUGGUCAUGGCCAAUGAGCACAGCAUCCUGCUCUGCAUGCUUCUCUCUCUUGACGGCACUGCGGCAUUGUCUUCAUUAGACGGGAUACAGGCGACCCGGGACAGACGACUAGAUCAUGCUCGCGAGAUCAUGUUGAUUUUCCCGGCUGCUAUGACAAGGAAACAUGACUGUAUUUUUUAUUGUUUGUGUGGUAUGUAGCUGCUUGAUAGUGGUAGAUGUUGUGCUGGCGCAGCCGAGAUGCAGUGAUUGUUCACCAUUGAAGCAUCUUUCCUGUGUCAUCCCUAGCCAGGAAAAAUAUAAUUGUGGGGCUGAUACGCCACGACGUGUGUCUGCGCACGAUACACCUGGGCCUGCUCGUAAUCUCAAGGUGAAAUCGAUAGUCAACCCGAGUAACCUGCUCCCGUCCUUCAUAAUUUCGUGGGAACCUCCCAGUGACUCAUCCAUUCGGUAUUUAACUGGAUUUGAAAUCACAAUCUUUCCAUUGACGCCUGAGAAGCAAACCUGUCGUCUGCUGAAUCUGACGGUCAGACUGGAGCGGCCUAAUGAUCAGAAUGUGGUGUUCACCUAUCCCCCAGAAGGAUGCUACAUCCCCGGCCUUCUCUCAGCUACACCAUACACUAUCUUCGUACAGAGCUUGCCUGUCUCCAGUCUCGGGCCCGAAGCAGUUACUACGAAUGCGACAACAAAGACAUUUAAAGAUAUCCCUUACAAGUGGUCCACGACAAUUCUUAUUUUAAACUAUUCCCCACAAGACCAUGGUCGGGCGCAGGUAUGGUUUGUCGCAGCCCCAGACAAGUACAAUUUUACCAGCUACAGUGUUAGCCUUUACCCGGAUGGGCCAAACGUGGUGGUUAGAGAGCCAUAUAACUUUCACAACUUCAAAGGACUAUGUCCCCAAAACGGUAGCAAACAGUACAGCGUAAGGAUAAAACCUACACGGAAGAAUGCAGACGGGCAGAUGGUGUGUGUGAAUGAAUUCGGUCUGGAGAAAAACGAUUGCAUGACAACGCGUGAGGACUUUAAUAUCACAUAUGGCGAUCCAAAUAUUUGUCCAGUCACCACUCCAUUCCCCAUGAUACAAGUGAUCGGCGGAACCUGUGGUGCCACCUUGGUACUGAUCGUCAUUAUUUCCAUACUCGUCAUGCGCAGGAAAAGGAACUCCAAUCCACCUCUCCAUGUUGCAGAUGAUACUUAUUGCUCUACGUGGUACACCACACAAAACUUUGGCCAAAAUCAACAGACCUCUCCAAGCACGAGCCAAGUUUACCAGACUGGAAACCUACAAAAUACGAGCUCUGAGAAUCCGUGCUUUGAACCUGAGAGAGAGCAUCGUCCCAUUUCAAAUGGUCACGCGCCCUCGGUGCAUUCAGAAGGUGUGCAGAGUCAGCGGACAGAGGGAGAUGAUGAUGAUAGUCUUUGUUCCAAAGAUUCAAGCAUUAUUUCAUCAAAAAUAGGGGAUGAGUUGGAUGACACAACAGGAAAAUACUACUACCCAGAUAUCUCUUGGAAGGCUUUUUCGUGAAUGGCAGGAAUACAGACAUUACAGACUAUCUGUUUGGGUUUAUAUGGAAAUCAACCUCGCAUUCGUGUAUCUAUAUUAUCUACACAACGGCAAUCCUGAAAUUUAUACUUAAUACAUAUAUAUGUAUAUUUACGCAAUUGGAAAUUUUCUAAUUCUCAAUUGCCAAUCUUUAACGAACUGCAUUGGCCUUUAAAGGGGGACUAUAGACAGGGGAUUGGGGGUUGGUGACUAAGUGUAACUUAAUCCGACCAACCUGGCUGCUUCCUAUAGACUCCCUUUAAGAACCAUUGUCAAAUCUACCAAGCGGAUGACUCAUGGACAAUUCAGGUACGAGGUUUCAAAAGUUCUAAUUAGGAAUUUGUAAUUGCAGUUUCUUUGCCUUUGUAAGCUGUAAAAGUGGUUUAAUCGGACUCAUCUGUGUCUUCUCCGCGGAGAAUAGCCUGAUUCACACUGGUGUCUUUCAUCAUCCUACUUAGGUAGCUCAUUCAAAUACAUACUGAAAUAGGCUCCGAUCCGCUACGGUAGUGGGACGGCCUACUACGCAUGCAGGCUGUUCGGCAUCCUGAGAUUCCGGGUUUUUUCACUCUAUACUUUCACACUACAAACUAUAUCGAGACGCGGAGUAUAUUGAAAACCACUGGUAAUACCAGGAUGGCCGUUCGAGCGAUGGAUAGUGUUCUUGAAUAGAGCGUAUACAGAUAUUUCUAUAAACAAUGCAGAUCUCGUUUCCAUACCGGUGGUGUCAACCGCUAAUUUUCGUUGGCAUUUUAGCGGAUUUUGCGAAAAAAACCUAAAGGUUACAAAAAAAUUAAUCGCGGAAAAGUGCUUUUUACAGAAAACUUUGCGAUUUGCAGUAUUUUAUUAUCAGUUUUGUUCAAAGUUGUUCUAUUUGUGACAAUUCUGUCAGACAUUCUCAUAUCAUUCAUCCCAGUCAUUAAGAAUGUGGGCCAAUGGAAGUAUGCCAUUCAGGGUCAGGUGGGGCGAAAUAAUUUUCAAUAGUUCAUGGCAUUGUUUCACGACCAGUAAACAUAUUCAAGAGCUGGAUCUCUGUGCAAUAUCGUGAGCUUCUAAUCUUUUUGGGUGUUUCAUUUUUGCGAAUUUGCGAAGAUGCAAAACAAAAUCGUGGAAAUGUAUUUUUUAUGGACAAACCGAGGGAAAUUUCAUGAUCCGCUAUAAGUAAAAUUGUAAAAAUUACAAAAAAACCCUUUAUUUUUUCAACUCAGCCCAGUACCACUGCGUAUUUGGCAACACGCACUGGUACUGGGCUGAGUUUUUCAAGACAACGUACCUUUAACGGAAGCGUCCAGUCUUAAAAU